UUGUAGCAGGAGCUGCACUAUGUCUUGAGCUCAUCCAAAGGCGCAGCAGUGGGCAAAGCUGAAAUGCAAGCGCUAAAAUACUAAGGCAGACAGUCGUAGGAGCGGAGUGUUUAGAGCCGGAGGAAGCAGGUGGUAAAUGGACACACUGGAGAGCACUCUCUAAGUGGGUAAAGUGCCUUUUAAGAGUAGCUCUGCUCAACCCUAUUAAGUGCAAACUACAAGGUUCCUUGGACAUCGACAGAGGUUGAUGGUAUAUAUAUAUAUUUCCUUCAAGAAGCAGAAGGGAGAAGAAUUGGAAGCUAAGGGGAACGUUAAGGUGUCUGAGUGCUCAAGUGGAUCUCAGAGUGCUCAGCAUUUUACUUAUACUGCCCAGCAAGCUUCUAUAGCAAUGUGGGUCUUGGAGCUGGUGCUGGUGGGGUUGGCAUGGCUAGCAGGGAUGACCAGUGGUCAAAAUGAAACGGAACCUAUUCUACUGGAAGGUAAAUGCCUGGUGGUUUGUGACUCUAACCCGACUGCUGACCCAACUGGCACGGCACUGGGCAUCUCUGUGCGCUCUGGAAGUGCUAAAGUGGCUUUCUCUGCCAUCAGGAGCACCAACCAUGAACCCUCAGAGAUGAGUAACAGAACUAUGACUAUAUACUUUGACCAGAUAUUGGUAAACAUUGGAAGCAAUUUUGAUUCAGAACGAAGCACCUUCAUAUCCCCCAGAAAAGGUAUUUACAGCUUCAAUUUCCAUGUGGUGAAGGUGUACAAUCGUCAAACCAUUCAGGUGAGCUUGAUGUUGAAUGGAUGGCCUGUGAUUUCUGCCUUUGCGGGUGACCAGGAUGUGACAAGAGAAGCAGCGAGCAAUGGUGUAAUAAUUCAAAUGGAGAAAGGGGACAGAGCUUACCUAAAACUAGACAAAGGCAAUUUGAUGGGAGGAUGGAAGUUUUCAACAUUUUCUGGAUUUCUGGUAUUCCCCCUUUAAAAUGACUUUUUUUUUCCUAGAGCAGCAAGUGACAUAGGGGAGAUUGUUCGCUAUUGACCCAAAAUAGCUGCACUUAGAGACUCAGACGGGACAUUUUUCACUUUGAAAUAUCCAAGACCCCACAUAUCUAACUGAGUGUUCACCUGCUUCAGAAACUUUAUUAUUGUAACAGAGAAGGAACUAGUAAGAUCAACCAUCAUUUCAUUACAUUGCACUUUUAGAAAAAUAUUUCUUUUGGUUUGCAUCCUUAAUCAAUGUGUCAUUGUCAUCUAAGCAUCUGUUUUUAACCUCACCUAUUCCAUAUCAUUUUCUUUGUCUCAGUUGAACAACCGGUAGAGAAUACAUAUAGAGAUUUCAUGUAUAUUGGCUUCUAGGUAACAUCAGAAAUAUCUAACAAAGCACAGUGGCAGGAUGGUGUUAUCAAUAUUUUUCUGUAUUUCUGAGUGAUUGUGGAAAUAAAGGCUGCUACAUGUCUGAUGCUUGUUCUGCUCUUGUAAAACGUGGCCCAAAUACAAGCGAUAGAAGUAUAUCCAACUUUCAAUAUUAUACUCUGUAGGUGUGAAUGCCGAAAUGUCAUAUGCUUCAAGUCCCUAAUCCUUAUUUGAGGGUCUAAUGGUUUGUUGUAUUUCCAAAUCAGAUACCCAGCUAUCCCAGUCCUAUGCCAAAAGAAGUCUGUGCAGAUUAGAAAAUAUGAUCAAAAAUUGUAGUAUAUUUUUAGUUUUUUUAUUUACUUAUUUAUAGAAUUUAUUUUGGGUUAGGGUUAUGUUCUGUCUUAUGUUUGUUUAAUAGAAUAUUUUAAAGUUUGAUCUUUUAAUGUUGCAUGUUCAAAAGGGAACUUUAGCCAAAAAAAUGAAACAUCUUCAAGGAACCAUGUACGUUAUAAAAUACGGUAAUACCUAAUGUAAUAAUGUGCAUACAGACACACAGAGAUAAUAAAUGUAUAUACACAAUAUAUAAAAAUAUAUUUUCAUGCCUUUUAUUCUGUUCAGAUGUAAUCUGUAUGCAGCCUUCUGAUAUGUCACUGUUUAUCAUUUUUUUACUAUUGUCAUUUAUUUGCUAUUUUAUAAUUUUUACUGUUAUUUCCAAAAUUGUAAAUGCUAUAAUUUUGCAGCACUGAGAUGACUACUUUUAUGAAAGUGAAUAUGGGAAGAGAUUUGAUUGUACCUUAAAUUACCAGUGAAAUAAAAAGUGUAAGAAAUCGGA